UUACAAAGCUAUUCCCCUGUUUCACUCGCUCUCUCUUCUACCCAAUGGAAUGUACAAAAUUGGGCGCGUUUUAACCUGCUUCGCCAUGUGAUUGUAUAAGAGUUCGCGCCCAAGCACACGUGCCAAAAGAAGUUAGACUGUUAGCGAUUGAUUAAACAUUCACUCGCCUGUAUAGAAUACACCACGGUUUUUUUCUCCAAAGAUAAGGGAAAUAAUAGAAUGAAAGGUCCAACUGCUUCCUAUAAGUUUUAUAUAUGUGAAUUCGUUGGCUGUUACAAUGAAGAAGGAAGCAACGAUAUGGAUAUACUAUCAAGAGACUGGAUCAAGUUUUAUCAUGUGAACAAGAAACUUAUGGCCCCUUACCCCGAUCCUCCAUAUACACAGAAAGUCUGUAGUAAAUUUCAAGAGUCUGUUAGAUUGAAUAAACAACCUGAUAAGAAAUGGAAACUAUGGGAAGUGAAGUUGAAAGGAGGAGCAAAUGAUUAUGAAAAGACUGAAUCUCGUUUGAAACAAAUGAGAAGCGAUGCCUAUGGAUUCAUAACUGACAUGGAAAAUCAGCAAUCAAAAGCUGACGAUGAAACUAAUGCCUUUAAGAAUGAGAAUAUAGAGGAUAUUCUGGCACAAGAGAGUGAUGGUAGUUCAACUUCAACUCCUUCGGUUGAAGACUCUGCUAGCUUAUCUGUAAUAAGUAACGAUGAAGAAUCUAAUGUUCGCAAAGGAAGGAAGAAUUCUACUAAAAAGAGAGAAGUUGUUGUGAAAAAAAAAGGAAUUAACAAGCAUGUACAAUCUAAAGCAAAGAGUGUUACACCGACACCAACAAUUUCUAAACCUACAGCACAGGUUAUGACACCAAAACCAACAAUUUCCACUCCUCCAAUAGAUUUAACUACGUCUCCGACAGAUGGUUUGGACAAUCUCAGUGGAGAUGAAUUGAUAAAGCAUACUGAGAAAGCUUUGAAUACUAUCGAGGCAGUGACUAAUAGAACUUACAGAACUACUCAAAGAAAUUCUUCAUCUACUUUUGAUUUACCAACUUUGCAAGUUACUUCAGAAACCAAUGUUAUACUGAAAUCUAUAUCUGGACUGAAAAUCUUGGUUUUAAAGUUACAAAGUGAUGUAACAGAAUUGAAAAAUAAGAUGCUGGAUUCACAUAUUCAAAGGUUAAACGAAACUUUGCAACAAAAUAAUUUAAAGUUACCUUUAGCGACAGCAGAUGAUUGGCUUACAUUUUGUGACAUUCUAGAGGACACUUCUCUACAAGAUUAUUUUUCAUUUUAUAUAAAACAACAACUUGAUAUAGUUGGAAAUAAUCCAAUCAAAAGCUGUUCAAAUAUUUUAAAGAAAAUUUUUGAAAAAAAAUUAAUCCUUCAAUUUACUGCUUUCAAAAAAAUGUUAGAUCGAGAAUUUGUUUUCAAAGACUCAAUCUGUUUCAAGUUAUUAAAGAUGGUCAUUCUAAGCAAUCAUCAUGACACGCGUGGAGACCUUAUAACAGAAGCCACUUUCAACAGCUCUCUUAGCUCUGCUUUCAGUAACUCUAAAGACUAGGGUGGACGAGCAAAAAAGGAGACUCUUCAAGAUAGUAUUGAUUAGCGUGCUAAAAAUCACUUUUACUGUAAAAUGCAGUUAAAUAUAUUUCUAAAGUAUAACAAAGUAUAUCAUUUUUAUUAUUUACCAUAAUUUGUAUCG